GUAUGACCGGUCAGAUCUGGCGCGCCGACCGGGCCGUGCAUGCUGUGGGCAAAAACUGUUGUCAUUAAUUGUCUGUGAACAGGUUGAGGCCGUACUGUACGGAUUGGUUCGGUGAGGUUGAUGUGCAUUGUGAUGAUGUUUUUGAUGUUAGAUUCCUGCAGUUGAUGCGACUAAUUACAAUGGAUCUACAAUUAAAACUGUUCUAAAACAUAAGUCACAUGUGACAGUUUUGAGUGUUUAUGGUCUAACGAACAUGCUCAUUCAAAUAGAUUCUCGAAUUCACCGCACACAUUUGGAUUUAAGUACCGUUUAUUUGUUGCAACGUUAGUUGUGAACAGCGGUGAAGCGAUCUCACACAGUGAACAAUUUAUUCAGCAGUCAUGGCAGGCAUUGGCCGACUCUUUCAAGUCAGUGGCGCUUCCCGCCAAAAACUCUGUCAGAAAUUUGGCACGCGGUGGAAAAGUUCCCAAAGCGCAGCAUACACUUUGACAAAUGGCAGAACAGCAUGCCCGAACAGCAUGCCCGACUGUGCUACAAAGCACAGUCGGGCACUCUGGAAUGCUCAAACUAAUAACAAUUUAAGCCAAGAGGCGGCCAGGAUUGUUGGGGCGAGGGGCAUAUCCACCUCCAAGAACCAGAAGAUCAGAACAGCCUACCGGUCGGAUCUCAAGAACUGCCGGCGCAUCGUGCUCAAGUUGGGCAGUGCGGUGAUAACACGCGACGACGAGUGCGGCCUGGCGCUAGGAAGGCUGGCUUCCAUUAUUGAACAGGUCUCAGAACUCCAACAGGCCGGGAAACAAGUCAUGCUUGUGACCAGUGGUGCGGUGGCAUUCGGCAAGCAACGCCUUCGGCACGAAGUGAUCCUGUCACAGAGCAUGAGGGAAACACUCAUACCAAACCAAGAAAGAGGCAACUUCUUAUUGGAUUCGCGAGCGUGUGCUGCAGCAGGCCAGAGUGGGCUCAUGUCACUGUAUGAGGCCAUGUUCUCCCAGUAUGGGCUCACUACUGCUCAGGUGCUGGUAACCAAGCCCGAUUUCUACCACGAUUAUUCCCGGAACAACUUGAGGGGGACUCUGAACGAGCUGCUAAGGAUGAACAUCAUUCCAAUCCUGAAUGCCAAUGACGUGGUAGCGCCCCCGCCUGAACCAGACAAGGAUCUGCAAGGGGUCAUCAGCAUCAAAGACAAUGAUAGCCUGGCAGCCAGAUUGGCCGCGGAGAUGAACGCAGACCUGCUGCUGCUGCUGUCGGAUGUGAGUGGCAUCUUCACGACCCCGCCCGACCAGGAGGGAUCCAGGCUAUUGGACACUGUCUACCCGGGCGAUACCGCCAACAUCGUGUUUGGGGUCUCCAGAGUGGGCCUGGGCGGAAUGGAAUCAAAGGUUAAAGCAGCUAACUGGGCCCUGGAGCGAGGCAUUGCAGUGGUCAUAGCCAACGGCAUGAGUGAGGGCCAGGUCAUCUUGGAUGUGGUCAAGGGGCGAAAGGUCGGCACCUUCUUCAGCGAGACCAAGCCCUCGGGCCCCUCACCGGACCUGCAGGCUGCGAAAGCACGAGACGGCGGAAGGCUGCUGCAGUCACUUACCCCAGAACAGAGAUCAGACAUCAUCAAGAAACUUGCCGACUUGUUGGUGGAGAGAUCUGAUGAGAUUAUCGCUGCAAAUAAACAGGACAUGGACAUGGCCAGAAUGAGUCAGAUGUCUGGUCCCAUGCUGGCCCGCCUGUCCCUGACUGCUCCCAAGAUACGCAGCCUGGCCGACGGACUGAAACAGAUCGCCGAGACGUCGCACAACAAUGUCGGCCGGGAGCUGAAGCAAACCAUGAUGGCUGACGGCAUGAUUCUGCGACAGAUCACCGUGCCCAUCGGGGUGCUCAUGGUCAUCUUUGAAUCUCGUCCCGACUGUCUACCCCAGGUGGCAGCGUUGGCCAUCAGCAGCGCUAAUGGCUUGGUGCUGAAGGGAGGCAAAGAGGCUACCUUGACUAAUGAGUACUUGCAGGGUCUGGUCACAGAGGCAUUGGAGAUGUAUGGAGCCAAAGAUGCCGUAGCAUUGAUCAACACCCGUGAGCAGGUGAGCGACCUCCUCAAGAUGGAAGGUCUGGUGGAUCUGGUCAUUCCCCGGGGCUCCAAGGACAUGGUGCAGAAGAUACAACAGGAGAGCCAGGGCAUCCCAGUCCUUGGUCACAGUGAGGGCAUCUGCCAUGUCUUCAUUGACAAAGAGGUGGACCCAGAGAUGGCCAUCAAGUUAGUGCGCGACUCCAAGUGUGACUACCCAGCCGCCUGUAACGCCAUGGAAACACUCCUUAUUCACAGCGAAUUGAGGCACAAUGCUCUCUUUGACGAUCUGCUGGACAUGCUUCGGUCGGAAAAUGUGAGGAUCUAUCCCGGACCGCGCCUCUCCAAGUCCCUGAAGAUUGGUCCCGCCGAGGCACGUAGCAUGAAGGUGGAAUACGGCGGGCUGGAGUGUGCUGUGGAAAUAGUGGACGAUGUGGACGAAGCAAUUCAGCACAUCCACAAGUAUGGAAGCGCGCACACAGAUGUCAUUAUUACAGAGAACACGCAAACCGCCCAGAAGUUUAUGAUGGGAGUCGACAGUGCCUGCGUUUUCCGUAAUGCUAGCACAAGAUUUGCAGAUGGUUACAGAUUUGGAUUAGGAGCUGAAGUGGGUAUCAGUACGACACGCAUCCAUGCCCGUGGGCCGGUGGGAGUCGAGGGCCUUCUCACCACCAAAUGGAUUCUGGAAGGCUCUGGAGAUGCUGUACAGGAGUACGCAGAAGGGGGUCCAAAGACAUACCGACACGAGUCUCUGCCCAUCAGCAGCUGAUGAAUGCUCUCGCCGGUGUGCAGCUGGUAAAAAAA